AUGCAAGCCAACACGAUUACUGGCAAACGAAAUGAUACAGCUGUAUCUUGGAUUACCGAUGGUAACGAUACUUACGUUACCCUUCGUUCACCGGGACUUUAUACUCGUGGUCAUGUAGAUCAUGAAAAAGUAUCUGGUUCUGAAUUAGAAAAAACAAAGUUACCUAGUCAUGUAUCUGAUAAAACAGCUGAUAUUAAACCGAUAACGCCUCCAUAUCCAUUAAAUAAGAAUGGACAAGUAAUAACACCGCGAACUGUCUCACUUGCAUCAAUGUCACAUUUAAAAUCGAUCACAAAUGAUUUACAAGAAGAUAAAUUGAAUAUGUCAGAUAAUAUAUCAUUAACUCAUUCAUUAACUAGGUCUUCUAUGACAUCGAAUAGUCUGUUCGAUGUUGAAGACGUUAAAACAAAUAAUAAAUUUCAAAUGCUACCGAAACAAUCAUUUCAAGAAGAAUCAUUGCAUGAUGAAGAUGCUUGGAUGUCCAUUUUGGAAGUUGUUAAUGCUGAGUUGGCAGCCAUUAAUAAACAGGAAAUGGAGUCAGGAUAUAAAUCUUCAACGUAG